UCGGCGCAACGCAACGCAAUUUGUUUGGCAACGCGCCGACGCUGCUGCCGCCUGUUUGACACAACUGGACAACUCGCCAAGGCCUCGAUGGGCGACAUGGCCUACCCUGGAGCAGGCGAUACGAGCAGCAUGACCUCCUUCGACGCAGAUGAAGCGAUCGAAUGGCUCAAAAAGUGUAAACAUCUGCCAGAAUCGAGCAUACGUCAGCUGUGCGAACUCGUCAAGGAUCGCUUGCUGGAAGAGUCCAAUGUCCAGCCUGUCAGCUCACCUGUCACUGUGUGCGGCGACAUCCAUGGCCAGCUAUGGGAUUUCUUGGAACUCCUCAAAGUCGGCGGUCAAUGCCCUUCGACAUCUUACAUUUUCAUGGGCGACUUUGUCGACCGGGGACACUACAGCCUGGAGACAUUCAGCCUGCUCAUGACACUCAAAGUCAGGUGGCCAGACCGUGUCACUCUUCUGCGAGGCAACCACGAGUCUCGACAGAUCACGCAGGUCUAUGGCUUCUAUGACGAAUGUCAGAAAAAGUAUGGCUCAGCGACAGUCUGGAAAGCCUGUUGUUCCGUCUUUGACUUUCUCAAUCUUGCAGCGAUUAUAGAUGGCACCAUUCUUUGCGUUCAUGGCGGGCUCUCGCCAGAAGUGAGGACGCUCGACCAAAUUAGAACGAUAGCCCGGGCGCAAGAGAUCCCACACGAGGGAGCCUUCUGUGGCGAGUUGGCCGGCUGGUCACCUUUCUAUGGGGCUGACAAGCCGGAGCGCACUGCAGACCUGAUGUGGUCGGAUCCAGAUGACAUCGACGGAUGGUCCGUCAGCCCGCGUGGCGCAGGAUGGCUAUUUGGCGGCAAGAUAGCGCAGGAGUUCAAUCACAUCAACUCGCUCAGCCUCAUCGCGCGGGCGCAUCAACUUGUCCAGGAAGGCUUCAAGUAUAUGUUCCCAGAAAACAAUCUGGUCACCGUCUGGUCUGCACCGAAUUACUGCUACCGUUGCGGCAAUGUCGCAUCCGUCAUGGAAGUCAGAGAAGGCAGCAUUGUCGACGCAGACAGCUUCAAGAUAUUCGAUGCCGUCUCUGAUCAGAUGGAGCGGGAAAGCAAGGUCGGAACAUCGGCAAGCCUACUUCCUGUGAUCAUCAAUUUGAGCUCGGACCGCAUCACUCGGGGGCUCCUCGCUUUCGGCAAAGCACUAUCUUGUCCCUUGAACUGGCUUGCAACUCGAGUGAUCGUACUCAUGACCGAUCUUGUGUAUCUACCUCCAGGUGAUACGCAGCAGAACACGGAUAACGCCACGCAGCAGAACGCGGACAGCGACAUGUUCAGCUCAAGUGCCGUUCAUGUCAAUCAUAUCGUCCUGCUCGCCGUUGCAGGAGUGUUCUUCUCGAUCUUUGCGAUCAGCUUGCUGUCGCCUUGUAUCGCACGUGCUAUGGGCCGACGUCGCGCCUCACAGCAGCAGGACGACUUUAUCGCGAUGCCAUAUAGCGCACAACGAUCGCUCGAGAGCCAAAUGCCCAACCCAUGGCAUUGCGCCCAGCCUUUGCCGGUUCGCACAACAUUGCGCUCGCAGAGCUUCUUGCCGGUCACAAGAGCAUCACCCAUGGCUCAACCGGCUUAUCUCCCGCCCUACGAGAAAGCGCCUGCAUAUCAUGCUGCACCCAUAGAGCGGCCUGCAUCCAUCAGAAGCUCAAGCUCUUUUCUCACAGCACAAUCUGGCGCAUGCACAGUCGCAGAAGGCGGCAACAGGAUUCAGCGCAAGCGCGUGCCUUCCGUCUAAACUGUAGAGCUUAUGCUUAUUGCAACUUAUUGUCAUGCUUGCCAUCUCGUGCGUAAUGCAUUCAUCAUGCUACCGCUGUGCAGCUUCAGGCCGCGAAGAGUUUGCCAUUGGCUCUCGCGACGUUCUCCGCUGUACAGCUGACCGCAUCAGCGCGGCCAUCGCCUUGUCGCUUUCUUCUCGCCGCCUGACGACCCGUAUACCGCCGAACAGUAACGUAUCAUUGUCGACUUCAGGGUGAAUGGCGCCCAAGGUCGUGUUGCGCGAUGAAGACGAUCGGGGUGCUGGUGGCUGCGCAGCUCGAGCGGCAGCGGCAGCCGAUUUCGCCGCUUCCGCUGCGAGUUCGUGAUCGCGCAUCUCGAACAAACCCAGCC